UGCGUGGGGCCUCUCGUCAAAAAAUAUGGCGUGGGGACGGAGGCUGCUGCUGAGGCUGCUGCAAAGCGGCGGUGAUUAAAGGAAGAAGACGAACAGGACGAGACGUGAUUUUGUUUGUUUGUUGUUUGUUGUUAUUGUUUUAAUAGAGGGCUUGGGAAAUUUUAUUUUAAUUUGUAAAAAAACCCAGGCGUUUUUAUUAUUAUUUUAUUAUUAUUACUAAGCCAUUAUCAUUGGCUCCGUCAAAGUGUGUGGUGUGGUGGUGGUAGGGUGGGGUGGGGGACAUCCAUCGCAGAGUCGGCCCCUCGUCUCGGUUCGCCGAUCCCCGCGCCGCGCAGCUUCGUGUCCGGUGGGACAGCGACGACGACGAUGAUGAUGAUGGCGAUAACGUUCUGGUCGUGACAACAACAACAACAAAGCGAGCAAGGACGCGGACAAACGGCAAGGUCGAAGAAACAAGGCGUCUUGAGACGUAACACACAGCGGCGAGGAGGCGAGGAAGAUGAACGCACAGAGCCCUCCCGGGUGCCGCUUCGUUGACUAUUUCGUGGUGUGCGGACUGGACCCCGACACGGGCUUGGAGGCCGAUGAGCUCGCAGCUCUGAUCGAGUGGCUGAAGGAUGAAAAAAGCGGAGCCCCUGUGGCUGCAGGUUCCAGGGAGGGAGGUGCUCAAGGAGAAGAUUUCGAUGCCAGCCCACUGCGGAGGACUUUUAAGUCGAAAGUCCUUGCUCAUUAUCCGAACAACGUGGAAUGGAACCUCUUUGACCAGGAUGCAGUUGGCAUGCUGUGCAUGCCCCGGGGCCUGUCGUUCCGGACGCAGGCCGACAGGCGCGACCCGGAGUUCCACUCGUUCCUUAUCACCCGCGAGGACGGCUCGCGCACCUACGGCUUUGCGCUCACCUUCUUCGAGGAGGUGCGCAGCGAGCCGAUCCGUGAGGCUAUGCAGACGCUGUACGCCAUGCACCGCGCCGAGCAGGCGGGCGGAGGCGGGUGCGGAGGCAGCGGCGGCCCCUACGGCGCCCCGUCGCCCGGCUGCAGCUCGGAUUCGCUCGUCACGUUGGCCGAGAGCACGAGCAGCGACUUUGGCGACACCGACUCGGCCACCGGACUCUCGUCGUCCCUGCUCAGGAUGCGGCACAGCGCCUCGUACGACAGCUCGCGGGACACCCUCUUCACGUCCAAGUGCAUCUGCCUCAUCGCGCCGAUGCCCUUCGUUCAGGCCUGCCGCAAGGCGCUGACGCAGCUGCACACGGCGGUGACGUCCCCCCAGCCUCCGCCGCUCCCGCUCGAGAGCUACGUGUACAACCUCCUGUACGAGGUGCCGCUGCCGCCGCUCGGCCGCUCCCUGCGUUUCUCCUCCGUCUACAUGCCUCCCGUGGUGUGCCAGCGGCCCGGCCCCCACGAGCUGCCGCUCUUCGACUACUGCCUGCGCGAGGUCUUCGAGCUGCUGGGCCUGGAGAAUGUGGUGCAGCUGUUCACCUGCGCGCUGCUCGAGCACCAGAUCCUGCUGCUAUCGCGCGACUACCAGCGGCUGAUGGUGGUGGCAGAGGGCAUCAUGGUGCUGCUCUUCCCAUUCAGCUGGCAGCACGUGUACGUGCCCAUCCUGCCGGCAUCGCUUCUGCACUUCCUCGACGCUCCCGUUCCGUACCUCAUGGGGCUGCAGAUCGAUGGUGAAAUGGGCCGCAAUGGGCUGGAGCUACCUCAAGAGGCGAGCUUGUGCCUGGUCGACGUUGACAACCGCAGCCUGGAGCUGCCCGAGGAGCUGCCCCAGUUCCCCAACAAGCUCGAGUUUGUCCAGGAGCUUUCCGAGGUGCUGCUACGCUUCGGCGUUCCGCCCGAGGGGAGUCUGCACUGCAGCGACAGCGCCGCUCACCUACGCAGCCUGUCGCUGUUCGGCCAGACUACGACCUCCCCUCCUGCGUUGGGGAACCGCCUGGGCACGCUGCCGGCGCUUGGCAACCAGAACCAUCUUACGAGCGAGGACCGGCGGAACGGAAACGUGGUGCCCAACCCACGCGGGAUGGAGGAACUGCUGAAGGGAAACGAAACGCUGGCGCGCGUGCAGGCGAUAGCGAAGAGGACUGGGUUGAAUUUUGACAUUUCUUACUCGCUGAAGCGUCAAGGAAGUGAAAACCGCUUGGAAGGUCGAGGGGAAGGCUUCGACGGUUCGGAGGCAAACCAAGAGCUUCUCGACCAGAAGUUGAACAUUCACGUGCGGGAGGUCUUCGCCAACCAGUUCACGCAGCUGUUCGCCGACUACGAGGCCUUCGUCAUCCAGCCCACGCAGGACAUGGAGGCGUGGAUCACAAGCAGAGAAAACAUGCAGAACUUCGACAAGGCUUCUUUCCUGUCGGAUCAGCCGGAGCCCUACCUGCCCUUCCUGUCGAGCUUCAUCGAGACGCAGAUGUUCGCGACGUUCAUCGACAGCAAGAUCCUGGCGCAGUGGGAGGAGAAAGAGCCGCUGCUGCGAGCGUUUGACGCGCGCGUGGAGAAGAUGCGCGUGUACGGCGUGCGGGCGCCACUGCUCCGCACGUCCACCUACCAGAAGUGCACCAGCACGCGGGAGGCAGAGCAAGCUUUGGAGCAGCGACUUUCAAAGAUUGACCACACGGCUGUCCACCCACACCUUCUGGACAUGAAGAUCGGACAGGGCAAAUACGAGCAGGGCUUUUUCCCACGUUUGCAAGCGGAGGUGCUCGCUACCGGACCCACCAGCGAGAAAUCAUCGAAGAGAAGCUCUUCGGCCCAGUGGAGGAGGCGGGACAGGCUGAGGCAGCACUCGGAACACCUGCAGCUCGACAACGACCAGAGGGAGCGCUACAUCCAGGAGGCACGGAGUCUGGGGAAGAGCGUUCGUCAGCCCAAGCUCUCCGAGUUGUCGCCCUCCGUCAUCGCGCAGACCAACUGGAAGUUUGUGGAGGGGCUGCUGAGAGAGUGCCGUCUCAAGACCAAGCGGAUGCUGGUGGAGAAGCUGGGCCACGAGGCGGUGGAGCUGGGCCACGGGGAAGUGAACAUCACUGGCCUGGAGGAGAACACGCUGCUUGCUAGCCUCUGUGAUCUGCUGGAGAGGAUUUGGAGUCAUGGCCUGCAGGUUAAACAGGGGAAGUCUGCUCUAUGGGCUCAUCUCCUGCGCUUUCAAGAAAAGGAAGAGAAAUUGGAGAGCAAUCCUGAGCUUGGCUCAACCGGCUCUGGAUUGGUUCCUGGGCAUGAAAGAAGAAAAUCCGAUGCCUCUCCGAUUAUGCCUCAGCUAAAAGUAUCGUUGACGCAAGACAUGAGGCACAUUCAGAACAUGGGCGAGAUCCACACUGACGUGGGGAGAGCGAGGGCCUGGGUGCGGCUCGCCAUGGAGAAGAAGCAACUCGCGAGGCACCUGAAGCAGCUGCUGUCCGACCAGGAGCUCACCAAGAAACUCUACAAGCGCUAUGCCUUCCUUCGGUGCGACGACGAAAAGGAGCAGUUCUUGUAUCACCUUUUGUCCUUCACCACCGUCGAGUAUUUCUGCUUCACCAAUGCCUUCAGCACCAUCGUGAUGCCGUACCGCGUGCUCAUCGUGCCCAGCAAGAAACUGGGAGGCUCCCUCACCACGGCCAACCCGUGGAUCUGUGUAUCUGGGGAACAGGAAGAGACGGGGGUAAUUCCUGUGCCGAAAAACGUGCUGGAGAUGACAUUUGAGUGCCCGAAUCUGGGGAAGCUGACGACCCUGCAGAUUGGUCACGACAAUGCCGGGCUCAUGGCAAAGUGGUUGGUGGACUGCGUCCUUGUACGGAACGAGAUCACCAGCCACACGUACAGGUUCCCAUGCGGCCGGUGGCUGGGCCGUGGUGUGGAUGACGGCAGCUUGGAGAGGAUACUGGUCGGGGAGCUGGUGACGGUGGACGGUUCGGCAGAGGACAUCACACGAAACAAUCGCGCAACCUCUCCUCAGAACCCCCUGCCCAUGCCGAGCAGGAAGAUGGGCAUCGCAAACAAAUUCAUUUCAAAUAUUCCACCAACAGAGUUGGACACAGGCCAAAUACAGGAGGCUGUUGGAGAAGCAGUUAACAGCCUCGUAAAACACUUCCACAAGCCAGAGAGAGAGAGGGGCAGUCUCACUCCACUGCUGUGUGGGGAAGGAGGCCUGGUCUCUGCCCUUGAGCAGGUUUUUCACCACGGCUUCAAGUCUUCUCGUCUCUUCCAGAGAACCGUUUUUCUCUGGGACCUCCUGGAGAAGGUGUGCAUUCACCUGGAGAGCCUGGGGGAUGGGGACGGCAUCCAGGAAGAACCCACGCCUGUGCGCAACAGCCGCAGCAGCUUCUGCCGUGUCGUCAACUCCAUCAACACCUCGCGGCGCAACAUCGGCAAGGACGACAAGUUUCAGCUACUCAUCUGCCUGGGGGCCAGGGACCACCAGCUGCACCGGUGGCUUCCCCUGAUUGUAUCAAGCCCGGCAACGAUGCAGCUGUACGAGGAGUGCGCUAUGCUGCGCGACCACUCGCUCGUCAACUCGCUCAUCCGCGUCUUGCAGAGCCUCCAGGAGUUCAACAUAAACCUGGAGGCGUCGCUCACCAAGGGGCUGGAGCUCUGACGGCAACCGCAUCCUCUGAACAGCGUUUCAUUCAUUUCCCAGAAUUAAGAAAACCGUUUUUCGGUUAAAAGAAAGUUUGAAUUCAGGUAAACGUGUACAGAUUAUUUUUUUCCCCGUCUCAUUUUUUUUACAUUUACGCUGAAAAUGAAUGAAGGUUGAUUAAACGAAGACCUUGGCAUUUGCGAUUUGUGUUGGGCCUGCCCACCUGCCCACCUUCCCCAUCACAUUAUUUAGUUCGGAGAAGACUUGAGUUUAUUUAUGAUACAAAGAGAUUGGUGUGUUAUGCUAGAUCUGUGAGAAAUCCACACCUGCCAUGUGCUUGCUUGAUCAUCUGGCUGAUGAAGAUGCACAGUCUUUCAAUGAAACUGAUGGGGUCUGUGUGGUCCCCCUGGGCUGCCUGACCAAUUGUGCGCGAAUCAUUAUACUGUAUAUUGCGAAAAUGAAACAUCUCACUUUAACUCUUUUCCUUUCCGAUGACGUAGGUUUACGUAAGCUUUUUCUUACGCUUCCGUUCCGAUUCCGUUCCGAUUAUACGUUUACGUCAUUGGAACGGAAUCGAUUCUGAACUGAAAUUGAUUCCGAUUCAGAAUCUGAAGUAAAAGACCAUGCGUAAGGGGCGUAUGGCACAGUUUGGUACCAGCUAUCAGAGUGCGGCCCUGCCGCUACAGUUCUCUGCGGUGAGUACAAUGUCUUUAAAUACAGCAGCGGCGGGCCUCUCUAAAUGAAAUUAAACGUUAACCGUUUGCGCGUUCCGAGAUUGUGGUGAACGGGACACCCACCGUGCAACUUGCAGACGUCUGGGAACGGGAGAAGGGUUAAUUGCAAAUCAGGAGCAGGCUUUGGGGGUGGGGUGGUGGUUGUGAGUGUAAUGAAUUGCAGUGUAGGGUAAGUCAUGUAUGAAUCAAAGGAUUACAGACUUAAGAAAUUAGAGGUGGCGUGGGGGGUUAAUGCACUUCUGAAGUGAUGUCAGGACACUGUAAACAUACUCCCAAAAAAAAACACUUCAUGCCUCAACGCUCUAUGGCUCAGUGUGUUCCAGAAUCAGAAAUUAGCAAGUCGGCAUUCCAGCGUGUUUUGUUAACGAAUGCAAAAAAAAAAGUAUAGGUGACGUAUUGGUUAUCGAUCUCUCACAUCACCUGGGAAAGGAUGAUCAAAUUUAAUUCCUUCACCAAAACAAAGAGGGGGAACUUGCAGUAUAUAU